UGCGGAAGGAAGGGCUAUAUAUAAUAACACUAAGCAAUUCAUUAGAUACAUGAUCUCUUCAAAUAUUGGGGAAGUGGUCUGUAUAUUUGUAGCAGCUGUAUUGGGAAUCCCUGAUACCCUGGCACCUGUUCAACUUUUGUGGGUCAAUUUGGUAACGGAUGGUUUGCCUGCCACUGCCAUUGGCUUCAACAAACAAGAUUCCGAUGUUAUGAAGGCAAAACCCCGAAAGGUUGGUGAAGCAGUGGUCACUGGGUGGUUAUUCUUCCGCUACUUGGUUAUCGGAGUUUAUGUCGGCCUGGCAACUGUUGCUGGCUUUAUAUGGUGGUUUAUUUACUCUGAUGGUGGUCCUAAACUUACGUACAGUGAACUGAUGAACUUUGAAACGUGCGCACUUAGAGAGACAAGUUAUCCCUGCAGCAUAUUUGAGGAUCGACAUCCAUCAACCGUAGCUAUGACAGUACUCGUUGUAGUAGAGAUGUUUAAUGCUCUAAAUAACCUCAGCGAAAAUCAAUCCCUUCUGGUUAUAACCCCAAGGAGUAAUUUAUGGCUCGUUGGUUCAAUUAUCCUGACGAUGGUUCUGCACAUGCUAAUAUUAUAUGUUCAUCCAUUAGCAGUCUUGUUUUCUGUCACGCCAUUGUCCUGGGGCGAAUGGACCGCUGUUCUGUAUCUUUCGUUUCCAGUUAUCAUCAUUGAUGAGGUUCUGAAGUUCCUCUCAAGAAACACCGGCUUGAGGUUCAGGUUCAGAUUAAGAAAGAUGGAUUUACUCCCCAAGGACCGGCGUGACAGGUAGAAUAAGAAAACAAGGCAUGGCUUCUUCUUCUGUCAUACAAGAAUUUUGGCAUUAUAGAUACACCAACACAAAGAGAAAGGAGUGCAAUCCAUAAAGCUCUUUGGCUUUGAUUGUCUUUUUUAAUAUAUUUUAUUUUGUUGUAACAAACUUCACUGUAUUCUUCUUACAUCAGAUCAAUGUCUGUUACUUCUUUUUGUGUCAUGCUAUGUUUCGAGUAUUUCGGAUUUUCAAACAUUUACUACUUGAA